UUUCUCUAUAGCUUCCAGCUGAAGAAACAGAUUGCCUUAGGUACAUGAAAGGUGAGGACACCUACUAUCCCCAUGGAGCGCAGGUGGGGCUGGGAGUCUGCUGUUUGUACAGCCGGUGGGCUCGUGUUGCUUUGGGCAUCCCUGUGCCUGAAUUCCUGCAGUACACUCGGUGCCUGUUUCCUAAUCUGCAAAACUGGAAUGAUGUUAACCAUCCCGCAGUGCAUUCCAUGGUGCAUCCUCGCCUAGAAUUGAGUGGAAGCAAGUCCAUCUCAGAAGGGACAUACCUGAAGAGAAAUGGCUUUCCAGACUCUGAAGGGCAGAGAAAGCACCAGCCUGGGUUAGAGAAAGAGAACAGCAUCUCUGAGCCCGUCCUGGGUGACCUCACAGAGAUCACCCUAGUGGCCCAGGCUAGUGACCGGGAACAUGUACCUUCCUGCAGCCAACCCCAGACGUCCACUGAUGCAUCAUAUACUGGCAAAGAUCCUGGCCUGGGGGGGUGUUGGCCGCCAGAGAUUCGCCAGAUGUUGGACUCCAGCUUAACCACCGGAAGUGGGCAGGAUGUGCUGAGGGGGCGGAGGCAGCCGCCAAGGCAGCGACGGAGGGGGCUGUCCCUGGCCAGCCGGUCAAUUUGUUCCCAUCUCAACAUUUGCUGUCCCAGUUUCGCAGGACGCCCUUCUCCAGUAUAUCCUUCUCCUGGGAGGUGACAUUUUAGGUUAUUGGGUCCCAGAUUGCUGGCACACUCAUCCCUGUUCUCAAACAUCUUUUAAACUUGGGUGAAGUGAUAAGUUGGGGAAGAAGAUGAUUUACUGAAAGUCUCCCGAGAAGAGAUUCAGACUGAACAGCUUUGUGUCGGACUUUGGAAGACCGCUGGUGCCCAAGGGGUUCUCUGGCAGCACAAUGACGAAUCUAGGUCCCUCUUUCACUGCUACGUCAAUGAAGUGGACCGCAUGGACAAGGCCAAAGCUGGUAUCCCAACCAUAGCCCUUGACAGUGAUGUUCGGCUCCAGGAAGCCAUCAGAUGCAGCAGGUGGCCAGAGAAGGAGCCUAACGGGCUCAUGAAAUGUGACACCCCCAGCUUCAUCAACACGGACCAGAACUCUUCCUUUGGGGAAGAUGAUCUCCUGAUUUUGGAACCACCGAUUGUUCUAGAAAAUAAGCCAGUUGCCCAGACCUCACACAAAGACUUGAAUUGGAAAUGUGCUUUGUCAAGUGUUUCUCUGAAGAUGUGAAGUCUGUCUUUGUAUGGCAGGAAGUCCCCUUUCACAAAAUUGUAUGUGUUUGUGUCUGAGAGAGAGAAAUGGAGACAGACAGAAAGACGGAGACAGAAGAGAGCCCCCUCAGAAGAGAGCUAGUUAAGCACCCCAGACUGACGAAGACAGUGGAGAAUGCCUCUGAGUUUGGCACUGAUUGCCUGGAGAAUGCUGAAACCCAGGGAAGUGGGCAGCACAGACGUUUACUCAUUUAAUCCUGCCAACACAGUAGGAGAUAGAGUCUACAUAUUCCUCGCUACUUAAAAGAACACAGAGAGGAUCGCUGGCCCUCCUGCGCAUGCGCAGUCUGUGCCAGCUGGACCGAGGGUUGGAAGCUGCAACUCCGAGCCGGGGAUCGGCCCCAAAGGCUUCUCAGCUCUUUCGCCCGCUCAGUGGUGUGGGCGCUGCUCCCCGGGCUGAGAGCCUCCGGCUGUGAACCCCAGCUUCUCCUGUUGGAGUCGGGAAAAGGGAGCGUCAGUGCUGAGCGAGCUUCCGUCUCCUCCCUCAGUGUUUCUGCCCCAGUGAGAGGGCUCAGUAGUGCUCUGCCAGCAUGAUUUUGGGGCAAUUUGGGGGCAGAUAUCGUGCACAAGCAGUGAGAUAUUUCCAUGCAUUUUACUUUCCGGACAUCACCAUGGAACAUGUGGGGGUUUGUGCCUGCAGGCCGGGAUGCUGCAGGACUCCCUGGUCCAUCACCGUUAUGUCUUGGAGCUGCUCCAGUCAGUGAAUGACUUUCUGUGGCUUGGAGUACGUUUUGGUUACUGAGACCCUCGAAUUCCCAUAUGAAUUGUAGCAGCAGCUAGUCAGUUUCUGCAGAGGAGACCGCAGGGAUUGUGAUCGAGACCACGUUGAAUAUACGGAUCGUUCUGGGGAGCACUGCCAUUCCAAAAGCGCUGUCUUCUGAUCCAGCAAUGUGCGUGGUUUGUCCAGGUGCCCUCACCUCCAGUAGCAUCCAUCCAGACACCGGAACUGACACUGGCCGUGCUCCGAACUGCCUCAGCCCUGAAGACACAACUGACAAAUAGAAGGGGACCACGCCCUGUUACAGCAGGUGCUCUCACUUUGUGGAUCCUUAUGUAACUGAGCGGUGUUAAUCAGGAUUGCCCGUUCUACAUUGUGUGGCGCUGCUGCGGUGUCUCCUAGUUACUUGUUUCUUGUAAGAAUUCCGGUGACUGAGUUAGAAGCAUGCUCCCAAGCUGUCCGUGUCCUCGGCAUCCAGAAGCGGAGCCUGGAAGCUUCCGAAUUUCUCCAGAAUGCAGUCUACAUUCACCUUCGGCAGGGCCUGCAGCAUGAGCAUCCCUGACUACGUGCAGUGUGCUGAGGACCACCAGACUUUCCCCGUGGUGGUCGAACACGUGGGGAUCAUCUCAGAGGAGAAUUUCUUUUGCAUCUAUAAGUGAAUCACCUUGGUGAGUCAGAUCAGUCCGUGCAGCUCCCAGUGGGCAAACUGUAUCCACUACAGGCACCACUAUGCGCCCAAGAAUGGGUGGAGCGACUUCCAGACCCACCGCAAGGUCUUGGGCCUUGUCAUCAUUACUGAAUGCCUCUCGGCCAAGGCUUCGAAAAGCUCCACGUGCAGAGGAGCUGUAUGGCACCACGCUCUAUGACUCUCAGCUCUUUGACUUUCUGCUGCAUGGGGAGGUGGCCGAGCAGCCGCGCACCGAAGUGGCCUUCAAUUUACGAGGACUGCAGGGUGGUGAAGAGGAUCGACGACUUCACUGAGUCACUCUUCAUCUUGCCCAAGUCCAAGUGGCUGGACGGUGCAUCCGACAAUUCUGGGGACAAGAUCCUCCUUCUCUGCAUCCCAUUUGAGAAGGAGGACAUCAUGGGACUGGACACAGAAAGCAGUACGUUUUGGUUACUGAGUCCCUCAAAUUCCCAUAUGAAUAGUAGCAGCAGCUAGUCAGUUACUGCAGAGGAGCCCGCUGGGAUUGUGAUCGAGACCACGUUGAGUAUACAGAUCGCUCUGGGGAGCACUGCCAUCCCAAGAGCGCUGUCAUCUGAUCCAGGAAUGUGCGUGGUGUGUCUGUCCAGGGGAAAAGAGUACAAUUCAAAAAUAUAAAGAUUGUGAGCUAAUGAGAUAGACAAGACAACCGAACAUUUGUUAAAUAUCCUUUCAUGCCGGACACAAAUGUAUUAUACACACAAAAAGCACACAAAUCACGGUAGUACUGCGGUUACAAACGUGGGUCCGAGUUCGAGUCCUGCUCUGGAGUGACCAGUCCUGUGAGAUGGAGAACUGAGAUCUAUGUAUAGUUUUUUACAUUCUAUACCUGGAAAUUUCUCCAAAACUGCUUCCCACGUGCCCUCACCUCCAGUGGCAUCUAUCCAGACACCAGCACUGACACUGGCCGUGCUCAGAACUGCCUCAGCCCUGAAGACACAACUGACAAAUAGAAGGGGGACACGCCCUGUGACAGCAGGUGCUCUCACUUUGUGGGUCCUUAUGUAACUGCGCAGUGUUAUUCAGGAUCGCCCGUUCUACACUGUGUGACGCUGCUGCCGUGUCUCCUAGUUAUUUCUCGUUCCUAGGAGAGAAUUCAGCAGUGCAGCAUCCUCUCCGAGCUCUAUGAGUUGAUCGGCUUCCACUGCAAGUCCGUCUUCUUCAAGUGGGUGGCCCCCGUGCAGCGCGUGGCCCCCGGCAUCCCGGAGCCUGGCGGGAAGGCCUGCUACCGACUCCUUCUGCAGACGCUUCCUGGCUACAGUCUGUCACUGAUUCUGCAGGACUUCAACAAAGGUUUUGGGACUAAAACAUUGCUUCAGUCCGAUUAACCAUGCCUUGUUUGGGCCCUGCUCUCCUGUCUCAACAGGGUGAAUUGUGAUUCGUGUAGAGCAGGACACAGCAGACUUUUUUCUGUCAAGGGCUUUUGAGUCAAUAUUUCAGGAUCUGCAAACCUCCUGAUCUCUGGUGCAGCUGCUCAGCUCUGCUGUUCAGACGCCAGAGCAGCCGGAGAGUCCACACACCCACAGAGCUUUAUUCACAGCAGUGGCUGGGGCUGGAUUGGGUGUAUGAACUGCAGUUUGUCCCCACAGCCUCCUCACUAUUGACACCUGUACCUGAGCGUGCAUUUGCGACAAUGGGUGAACCUACACUGACACGUCAUCAUCACCAAGAGCCCAUACUUGACACUAGGAUUUACACUUGGUGGUGUGCACUCUGUGGGUUUGGACAGAUGUACAAUGACACGUUUCUACCAUCACAGCAUCAUACAGAGUAGUCUGUCUUAGUGACCCUAAAAAUGCUCCUUGCUGCACCUCAUUCAUUACUCCUUCCCCUCUAGCCUCUGACAGUAACUGAUCUUUUAGUCUCUGUGGUUUUGCCUUUCCCAGAACACCAUACAGUUGGAAUCAGACAGUUGCAGAAUCUUCCCAGAUUGGCUUCUUUCACUUAGUAAUAUGCAUUUAAGGUUCCUCCAUGUCUUUCCAUGCCUUGAUAACUCAUUUUAUUUUAACACCAUAAAUAGUCCAUUUUCUGCCUGGACCACAGUUUAUUUAUCCAUUCACCUACUGAAGAACAGCUUAGUUGUUUCUGAGUUCUGGUGAUUAUGAAUAAAGCUGCUAUUAACAUCUGUAUGCAGAUUUGUGUGUGGACGUAAUUUUCCAUUUUGUUCAGUAAACACCAAGGAGCACAGUUGCCAGAUCAUAUGGUAGGAGUACGUUUAGUUUUGUAAAAAAUUGCCAGACCGUCUUCCAAAGUAUCUGGGCCAUUUUUCAUUCCCACCAGCAAUGCAAGAAAAUUCCUGACGCUCCACAUCCUCACCAGCAUUUGGUGCUGUCAGUGUUCUGAGUUUUGGCAGUUCUGACUGGUGUGCAGUGAUAACUCACUGUUUCAGUCUGCAGCCCCUUGAUGACAGAUGCUGUGGAGCAUGUUUCCAUAGAUUUCUUUGGCAUCUAGUUUCCAUGUUGAGGUGUGUGUUGAGGCAUUUUGCUCAUUUUUUAAGCAGGUUAUUCAUUCUUCUUGUUGAGUUUAAAGAGAUUUUGGUGUAUUCUGGAUAUCAGCCCUUUAUCAAUGUGUCCCUGCCCUUCACCUGCAGCACCGGAGUUGUCCUUUGGGUCUCAGUGGAGUGUCAGCUCUUCAAAGAGGUUCCCUGUCUUCCCUCACCUAAAUACUGUCCUUGAACUUUUCACUUUCAUUGACUCACUUUGUUCUUUUUAAAUAGCAUUUCCCAUAAUUUGUAAGUACAUUAAAAAAAAAAGGCAAUGAUUGAACACUGCCUCCCCCACCAGGCUGUGUGCCCUGUGAGAGCAGAGACCCUGUCCCCACUCACCAUGUCCCAUGACAGCACAUGUCACAUGUCCAUGUAAAUGUGUGUAACGUGGGGCCAAACCUGAUGAGCAGCUAUGACGACAUGUGUUGGCUACCAUUCAUUGAAUAGAGUUUGUUUCUUGAUCUUAAUUUUAAAUCACAUGAAUGAAACAUGUUUCUUUUGAAAAAUAAAACAACAAAGCACACCUCCA